AGCCACUACAACACAAAACACCACCGUCUGUUUACAGUCUCUCUAGAAGCAGCGGCGGACAGCACCGUUUUAUAGCCUUUUUAUAAAACACCAAUCCUCUGCUCUUCCUCCGAGCUCGGCACUGUGCGGGAUCACAGUAACAUACAACGGCAGGGAGACUAUUUUUGUUUGAAUAUUGAAGAGAACUCAUAACACCUGCUUUUGUUAGCAAGUUAGCUUCUCUUGUCUUCACAGAACCCCUAUUUAUCCUGUCUCUCUGUUAUAUUCUGGCUUGUUUUUUUUCAUUUUGUUUAGUAAUUUGUUUAGCCAGAUAGCAGUUGUAGCUAAACCUGUGCUAACGGAGCAGCUCUUUGUUCGUGCCUCAGAAAAACACACCAACACCGCCUUGCAGUGAUGAUGAUGAGGAUGAUGAUGGUGAUGAAGAGGAGACAGAGUUGAGAGCUGAGUGUGUGUGGUUGUGUUGCGUCCACACUGGGAGCGGGACGACCCCCCCUCCCCCACACACACUGCACCCAUGUUCUCCCCCGACCAGGAAAACAUCUCCACGUCGUCAACCAAAGUGCCAGUCAAAUACGGAGAACUCAUUGUGCUGGGGUAUAAUGGCUCUCUACCCAAUGGGGAUCGGGGCAGAAGGAAGAGCAGAUUUGCACUCUUCAAAAGACCCAAAUCCAAUGGAGUCAAACCCAGCACUGUACACGUAGCCUGCACCCCACAGGCGGCCAAGGCCAUAAGUAACAAGGAUCAGCACAGUAUUUCCUACACAUUGUCCCGAGUACAGACAGUAGUGGUGGAGUACACUCAAGACAGCAAUACAGACAUGUUUCAGAUCGGUCGCUCAACUGAGAGUCCUAUAGAUUUUGUGGUGACCGACACUGUUCCUGGGAGUCAGAGUAACUCUGACACACAGUCAGUUCAGAGCACCAUAUCUCGCUUCGCAUGCCGGAUCAUGUGUCAGCGAACGCCCCCUUACAAUGCACGCAUCUACGCCGCCGGAUUCGACUCCUCCAAGAACAUCUUCCUAGGGGAGAAAGCCGCAAAGUGGAAGACAUCAGAUGGACAGAUGGACGGUCUGACUACUAAUGGUGUGUUGGUAAUGCAUCCUCGGCUCGGUUUCACAGAGGACUCCAAACCCGGCGUGUGGAGGGAGAUUUCAGUGUGUGGAAAUGUGUUCACCUUGAGAGAGACACGCUCUGCACAGCAGCGGGGGAAAAUGGUGGAGAAUGAGACUCAAGAGUUAGUGGAUGGCUCUCUGAUCGAUCUAUGCGGAGCGACUCUCUUAUGGCGAACGGCUGAAGGACUGUCCCGGACCCCCACCGUCAAACACCUGGAAGCACUCCGGCAAGAGCUGAACGCCGCUCGUCCCCAGUGUCCCGUGGGCUUCAACACCCUUGCCUUUCCUAGCAUGCGGCGGAAGGACAUAGUAGACGAGAAGCAGCCCUGGGUCUACCUAAACUGCGGUCAUGUUCACGGCUACCACAACUGGGGCAACCGUGACGCAGAGCGAGAUGGAAGGGAGGGACGCGAGCGUGAAUGUCCCAUGUGUCGUGCUCGCGGGCCAUACGUCCCGCUUUGGCUAGGCUGCGAGGCAGGAUUUUAUUUAGAUGCUGCUCCUCCCACGCAUGCGUUCAGUCCAUGCGGCCACGUAUGCUCCGAAAAAACAGCGGCCUACUGGAGUCAAAUCCCACUUCCUCAUGGAACGCACACCUUCCAUGCCGCCUGUCCUUUCUGUGCACAGCAGCUCAGUGGCGAGCAGGGAUACAUCAGACUUAUCUUCCAGGGGCCAGUGGACUAAACACACCUGCCUAUGACCCCAUUUCACAAACAUUAAUCCAUUUUUCCACCUUCAGUGCGAUUUUAUAAAGAUUUUUCUGCGCUCCCAGACUGUUUUUUUUCUUCCCUUUCUGGUUUAUAAGUGACCUUUAUACUGCUUUUUCCAAUACAGAGAGAAAAAAACAA